CACCAAUAUGCAUCACUUCACCGCGGCCGUAUUGACGGUGCUGUGCGGCACAGCCUCGGCCAUUGUAGGAGAUUGGCAGCAAUGUACACGUUGUCCAGCCUAGACCAGAAUCGUAGCUGACCAUGGCAAAGGCGGAGGCACAAGCUACGCUGGAGACACGCAAUGCGCCACAGGAUCCGGUUGCGUUGUCAUCAAUCCGUAUUACUCGCAAUGCCAGCCAGGCGCCGUGCCCGUUAACCCAGUCCCUGAAACCCCUACCACAUCACAGGCUCCAGCCACGACAGGCACACCUGCUGGCGCGGGCCCAGGAAAGACGCUUCAAAGCGGAUACUACUGGAUUCGCGCCGUCGCAGCCCCCAAUUACCAUAAAUACAUGCAGACCAAGCCACUCUAUGCCACCGGUUCGGCCCUUCUUGGCGACUACACGACAGCUGGUCAGUUCCAAGUUCAAGACGGGCAGCUCGUGCAGUUGGUAUCCGCACCAGGCGAAGCGGUGAAGCUCCUUUAUGCGCAAGUCUCCAAGACACGAAGCAUCAACAAUGCGUCUCUUGCUGUCAGUUUCACCGCCGAGAAGAACACGUAUGGGACUUUCAAGUUUGGAGGCGAUGACUUGCAGUGGAGCGGCCCCGACGUGACACGACCGAACCCAAGUGCGUGGUAUGUGUGCACAGGACAGCAGAUGUACAUCAAUCUCGGCAACUAUGCGUACCAGACGCCGAGUGGUUGCGCUGACCAAACGAUUCACUACUACAACGACAAGACGGCGAACAACUAGGUGGGUGGAGAAGGCAGUAAGAAGAGUCAGUCUAGGCUAGGUAGAAUCGUUGAAAUCACAAUCGACACGUUCCA